ACGCGGCUCUGUGCUCUGUUGAAUGCUAAAGUGAUCCUCGUUCGGUUCGUACAAAAAAUUUUUUUAUCCGGAUUUAUUUUUAAUUUUAAAAUUUAUUUUUAAUCAGUCCGUUCGCGGAUUUCAUAAGGUUAGCAAUAUUAUUGAAAAAAAAUUUUCAUAGUGUUCAAUGUCAAUUUUUUAAAACAAAAUUUUAAAAAUAAAAAAAGGAUAAAUUUCAAGGUUACGUAUUAAUCCUCGUGUACCUACCUACCUAAAAUUCGUUAAAAAAAUAAUAAUCGAAGUUGUGAAAAUAAAAAUUUAUAAAAUAUAAUCAAAAGAAAUGUCGGAUGAAAAAAUAGUAAACGGAAAUCAUUACGAAGCUCUACGAGAAAAAAGAUUCAAUAUGUACAAUGCUAAAGUGUCGGUCGUUCUAGGAGCACAAUGGGGAGAUGAAGGUAAAGGAAAGGUGGUUGAUAUGCUAGCAUCUAAUGUAGACAUUGUCUGCAGAUGUCAGGGAGGUAACAACGCCGGUCACACUGUAGUAGCAAAUGGAACAGAAUUUGAUUUUCAUUUAUUACCUAGUGGAAUUAUAAAUGAAAAAUGUAUUUCAGUAAUAGGUAACGGAGUUGUCAUACAUUUACCAGGUUUAUUCGAUGAAAUAGCUAAAAAUGAAGCUAAAGGCCUUGCCAAAUGGGAAAAUCGUUUAUUGAUAUCAGAUCGUGCUCAUUUAGUUUUUGAUUUUCAUCAACAAGUUGAUGGACUUCAAGAAGCAGAAAAAGGCAAAAAAUCAUUAGGUACAACAAAAAAAGGUAUCGGUCCAGCAUAUUCAAGUAAAGCUUCAAGAAAUGGAAUUCGUGUUGGAGAACUUUUGGGUGAUUUUAAUUUAUUUGAAGAAAAAUUCAGGUCACUUGUUGCAAAUUAUAAGAGGCUAUUUCCUGGUAUCGAAAUUGAUGAAGAGGCGGAAUUGCAAAGAUACAAAGACUAUGCUGAAAAAUUACGUCCAUUUGUUAAGGAUACUAUAUGUUUCUUGCACACAGCAUUACGACAGGACAAAACUGUACUUGUGGAAGGUGCAAAUGCAGCUAUGUUAGAUAUUGAUUUUGGCACAUAUCCAUAUGUAACAAGCAGUAAUUGCAGCAUCGGUGGGGUUUUAACUGGUUUAGGAUUGCCACCACAAGCUAUUGGAGAGGUUAUUGGUGUUGUUAAAGCUUAUACUACACGCGUAGGCGAUGGUCCAUUCCCCACUGAACAACUAAAUGAAAUAGGUGAUUUGCUUCAAACAAAAGGUGCUGAAUUUGGUGUUACCACAAAAAGAAAACGGCGUUGCGGCUGGUUAGAUCUUGCACUUUUAAAGUAUACAUCACUUGUAAAUGGAUACACAUCGAUCGCUUUAACAAAGUUGGACAUUCUUGAUACAUUGAAAGAAAUUAACAUUGGUGUCGCUUACAAAUUGAAUGGAAAAAUUUUAGAUCAUUUUCCAGGUUCAAUUUCUGACUUGGAAAAAAUUGAAGUUGAAUAUGUAACAUUACCUGGAUGGGAAUCAGUAACAGCUAAAACGAGAAAAUUCAGUGAUUUACCAAAGAAUGCACAAGAGUAUGUGAGGUUCAUUGAAAAUGAAUUAGGUAUACCGGUGAAAUGGGUUGGUGUCGGUAAAGGACGCGAAUCUAUAGUUAAUAUUCAUCAAUAAUAUUUCUAAAAUUAAAAAUAAUUACAGGAUAACAAUAAUAUUUUACAUGUUAACUAUAGAAGUAGCGUUUAUUUUACUUAUUUUGCAAAAGAUUAAAAUUAUACAUAAUUAUUAUAGUAUAUAUAAAUACAUGUAUGUAUAAAAUUUUGAAAUUGUAAAAAAAAAAGCUGACUUGCAAAUAAAAAAAUAAAACACAAAAAAUAGGCGACGGCAUAGUUUCAACAAACAAUUGGGAAAGACUAUAAAUUUUUAAGCCCACCUUUUUCUGAUAUUUAAUUCACAAUUCUAAAAGAUGAACCUAAAAUUUUUGGAUUGAAUCUUUUAAAAAGCAAUUUUUCAUAUUCAACUAAAAAUAAUAAAUAAAUAAAUAAUUUCCAAACGCUUAUUAAUGCCAUUCAAAUUCAAAAUUUAAAUGAAAUUUCUUUUUGUUAUAUAAUUUAAUAUGGCAUUAUAUACAAAGUGCUGUAAUUAUUUUUAAGUUUUACAAUUAGUUAUUAUUUAAAAUAAAAAAUCGAUGCUAAAUUGUGGUAAUCAUAAGUAAUAUAUUUGUAAAAUAAUUAAACAAUUUUACAGCAAAUAUAUUAAUAAUAUAAUAAUAAUAAAUAUAUAAAUAUUAUAUUGCAUAAAUAAAAAAAUUUCUUUUAUGUGAUAACUUUAAUGAAAUGUUUUUUAUUUUAAGUAAGAUUUGUUUACCUACUUUUCAAAAUCAUGAUUAUAUAAAUAUUUUAAAAUGAUAGCAAAUUGUUUAAAUUUUUAUUCAAAGUAAAAAACAAAUGAUUUUAAGCUCAAAAAAAUUUUAAAUUAACUUUUUUGUUAAAACAAAUCUUUAGAAAUAAAUUUCUAUGUGCGACAGAAAAAUUUAAAUCAAGCAUACAUACAUAGCUGCUACUAAAAAUUUAAUUAAUAAUAUUAAAAUUGGUGUGAUGAAAAUUUUUUAUUUCCUAAAUUAAAUUGUUAAUUGAAGUACUUAGAAAAUAGAAACGUAUAACAUUAAAAAUUGUAAAAUUAUCUUAAUUUUUAUUGUACUACGCUGGUUUUAAAUAUUAAAAAUGAAGAAUAAAAAACUUAAAUAAAUCUUAACAAAGUGAAAUUUUAUAAAAUUUUAAAAAGAAUGUUUUAAAAUUAUAACACUUUUAAAAUAGAAAUAGCUGUGGAUGACUGAUUAAAAAUCGUAUUUAAAUUACAAACAGAACGUGCUGCGGUUAAUUUUAUUUUUUAUAUAUUUUUAAUAAUUAAUAUUUGAUAAUACAACAACCACAACAUAACAAAAGUAUCAUACGUUCAGGGUCUUACAAUAUUUUCAGCAAGUAUUUAAAAAACAAGUUUAUUUAAAUUGAACACAUAAUUUAUUAAAUUCAUAAAAGUUUUAAGUAACAAUUAUCAAGUGAUCAGAAUUAUUAGUUAACUAUUACCAACAUAAACAAGAAGAUGUAAACUCUUGUACAAAACUCCUUUAGUAAAGAAAUUUAAAGAAAAAAAAAAUUUUUAAUGUGUACCUUUAAGAAGAGCCAAAAAUUAAAAAAUCUUCAUUAGAAUUCAGAAAAAUCACACUAGGUUUUAAAAAUCUUUUAUGGGAGUUUACAAACUGGUUUGCAUUGUUGUGAAUAUUGUAAUUUACAAUGUGAAACUGAAAUAUUUUUUUGCCUGUUAAUCUAACCAAUUUUGUUGUCUAUCAUAAUUCAAUGGUUGUCCAUCAAGUUAAACAAUUACAAUGAUUAUUAGUUUCUUUAUUCUUCAAAAAUAUUUUCAUGAGUCUUUGAUGCCUAAACUCCCAGAAUUAUAACUGUGCCCAAUUAUUUCGAACUAUUUUUUAAAAUUUGGAAAAUAUUUUUAGAAUUUCUUACUAAAUAGUUGUAGUAACAUUUCCCAUUAUUAAACAUACUUAAAAAUUUUAAAAUUAAUUCUAAUUUACGAUGCAAAUUUAAAAUUUUUUGCUUUUUUUUCGUUUCCAAUGCGUAAUAAAAAUUUAAUAAAAUGUACUUAAUAAACAUUGAAACUUAAAAAUUUUAUUGCGCACAAAAACAAAAUGUUUUGAACUAUAGAAAACAUUUUUAGGCUAUUUUUUUUAUUGAAAGGGUGCUUAAUAAUUUUAACCUUUUUUUUUUAAUCUUUGUAUAUUAAGCUGAAAUUAAAAAUAACUUUCUGCAAAACGGUUUUAUGUUGUAGUUUUAAAUUUAGGUACAUUAUAUUAUAUAAUUUUCUAGUUUAAGAAUUUCAACUAUUCAUAUUAAUCAUCUAAUAGUUUCGAUGAUAAAAUUAAUAGUAAAUAAAAAUGUAUUAAUAAGAAAAUUUAAUAAAAAUUAAUAUUGUGAACAA